UUUUGCUUUUCCGAUUUUUUUCUUCAUGGCUGACAGAAAAAACGUGGAUUUCAAUGGAAUCCAUUAUGGAGUCCAUUCCGAUAAAGGAAGAUUUCGAUUGACACCCACCGCUAUCGGUUGGAAAGCUAGUGAUAAAUCUCAAGUGGUAGUUGCCGCGGACGAUCUGAAGAAGCUCUCCUGGAUCCGAGUAGCAAGAGGUUAUGGACUGCGCAUCGUGCUCAAGGACAAUACCAUCAUGAAGUUUGAUGGUUUUGAAUCCGAGUUUUUCGAGGACUUGAGCAAGGCCGUUAAGCAGUUCUACAGUUUACAGCUGGAAGCCAAGGAACUCAGUGUCAAAGGGUGGAACUGGGGUAGAACCGAUUUUCAGGGUUCCAAUCUCAUCUUCAAUGUCACCAAUCGGCCCAUGUUUGAGUUGCCUUUAGCACAAGCUAUUGGUGCCAACAAAGCCGGUAAAAACGAAGUGUCGAUCAACUUUGUCGAUCCUGGCCAGCCUCCGCCAGAAGGGGUUAAUCCCAAAGACGUCGAUGAACUCAUGGACGUCAGUUUCUACAUUCCUGGUACAGUCGCCAAGGAAUCCGACACCAAGUCUGACGAAGAGGAACCAGAAGAAGAAGAAGAAGUUAACGCAGACAUCGUCUUUUACGAAACGGUGAAAUCGAAGCUCGAAUUGAGCCAAAUGACCACCGAGAACAUUGUCCAAUUCCAGGAAGUUCUUUGUUUGACCCCUCGUGGUCGUUACAACAUCGAUAUGUAUCAAGAUUUCCUCCGUCUUCGCGGCAAAACUUACGAUUACAAGAUUCUGUACUCUAAUAUCAUCAAACUUUUCUUAUUAUUGAAACCCGACGAAGUGCAUGUUUUGCUUGUCAUUGGGUUGGAUCCACCACUGCGUCAAGGUCAAACCAAGUAUCCCUUCCUUGUGUUCCAGUUUGUACGUGAAGACGAAAUCGACGUUGAAUUAAAUCUGGAUGAAGCUACACUGGGCGAGAAAUACGAAAACAAGCUGCAAAAGCAUUAUGAUGCACCGACGUAUGAAGUGGUUAGCUCUGUUUUCCGAGCCUUAACAGGAAGAAAGGUGACGGUCCCUGGUGCUUACAGAAGUCAUCACGGUGCUCAUGCCCUGAAAUGCUCUAUGAAAGCCAACGAAGGUUAUCUAUAUCCUCUUGAAAAGAGCUUCUUGUUCAUCCCUAAACCACCCACUUUCAUUCCUUUCAACGAGAUCGGUGUCGUCACUUUCUCCCGUGUUGGUAGUACAUCGGGAGGCAGCUCCCGUACCUUUGAUAUGAAGUUCCAUAUGCGUGCCGGCAACGAUGUCCAGUUCUCCAGUAUCAAUCGAGAAGAAUAUGCAAACUUGGAAGAUUUCCUCAAGUCCAAGGGGGUUAAAGUCAAGAGUGAGGCCGCCGAGGAGACUAUCGUUACCUACACAGACUUGGAUGAUUUGGAAGACGAGGAAGAUGAAGAAUACGAUAGCAGUCGCAAGAAACGACGUACUGAAGCAGCUUCCGAUGAGGAGGAUGAAAGUCGUAAGUGUCUAACAGUAUGGUUCAACUCUAAAAUUUCUUGUCUCUGAUUAAACCCUUUGCUUGUUUUUAUAGCCGAUGAGGACUUUGCACCAGAUGAUAGCGGUAGUGAAGUAGCGGAAGAAUAUGAUUCUGAAGCCAAAUCAUCAUCCGGUGAAGAAGGUUCUGAUGAAGAAUAAUUUUCUCUUUCAAUCUUUAUAUUGUAUAUACACCCUUGACGUUAUUGUCUAAAAUGAAAAAUGGAAUAAUAGCUGAUUUUCUUUUUUCGUUGCAAUGUGCACGAAAUCAAAUUGGAAAUAUCUCCUUUUUUUUUAUUUCUGAAAUGGAUGACACUGUCCUUAUUAAAGUUGUAAUUUUCUACCA